AUGAGAGUCUCGUUUCAGUCAUUGCUGCUGCUCGGCGCUUUGAGCGCUCAGGCGUCGGCAUACGCGAGUCUUGAAUACCAACAGCAAACCUUUCCGGAGGACAAUGCCCCCCCGUACCGGGUCCCUCUGCUGACCCUCCACCGCGCCCUCGUCAACGUCUCCUCCAUCAGCGACUCUGAAGGAGAGGUCGGCUUGCUUCUGAAGAGACUCCUCAAAGACCUCAACUACACCGUCGAGCUGCAGCCCGUUCCCCCCAGCGAGGCCGGUCAGGGUCCCGACGACCGUCCGACCAGGUAUAAUGUUCUCGCCUGGCCCGGCCGCAACGCCAGCCGCGCCCUGGACAAGCGCACCAUCAUAACCUCUCACAUCGAUGUGGUGCCCCCUUACAUCCCUUACGCCAUCGACAACGAGACCGUCCCGCCCUCGGAGGUCGUCGACUUUGCCGCGCUCCCGCCCACGACGCUCAUCUCGGGCCGCGGCUCCGUCGACGCCAAGGCGAGCGUGGCCGCCCAGAUCACGGCGACCAACGCCCUCCUGAGCGAGGGCGCCAUCUCCCCGGACAGCGUGGUGCUGCUCUACGUCGUCGGCGAGGAGAACUCCGGGUCGGGGAUGAAGCACUUUUCCGACUCGCUCUCCAACAGCUCCGCGUACCCGGUGCGGCCGCAGUUCCGGGCCGCCAUCUUUGGCGAGCCGACCGAGAACAAGCUCGCCUGCGGCCACAAGGGCGUCACGGGCGGCACCGUCUCCGCUGUCGGGAAGGCCGGGCAUUCCGGCUAUCCGUGGCUCGGCAAGUCGGCGAUACACGUGCUGAUCCGCGCCCUCGACAGGCUGCUGGAGGAGGACCUGGGGUCGAGCGAGCGGUACGGGAACACGACGGUCAACGUUGGCCUGAUUGAGGGCGGUGUGGCGGCCAAUGUGAUCGCCCCCGCGGCCAGCGCCCGGGUGUCCGCGAGGGUUGCCGUGGGCAAUCAGACGACGGGAGGCCAGAUCGUCGCCGAGCGGAUCAAAAAGCUGAUAAAGGACGUAGAUUCGGAGGCGUUGCAGGUGAACAUUACGUCAGGGGUUGGGCCGGUGGAGUGCGAGUGUGAGGUUGAUGGAUUCGAAACCGUGGUUGCAAAUUAUGGAACAGAUAUCCCCAACCUCAAGGGCAACCACGUCAAGUACCUGUAUGGACCGGGCAGCAUCCUGGUGGCGCAUGGCGAUAACGAGGGGCUGCAGAUUAAAGACCUCGAGGACUCGGUGGAGGGAUACAAGCGGUUGAUCAAGCAUGCGGUGGGGUCUUCAUGA